UCCGGCCUGUUGGCUUGCUGUGUUUGGUUUCAGAAUGCACGGGUCACAUGUCCAAGGUUCGAGGGCCGGUGCCUGAGAGAAGAAGAGAAAGAAAGAGAAUGAAGCAAAUCCAAAAUAAGAGGUAUUCCAAAAUACCUCCCUUUUGCCAAUUCUUUUUGUAAAGGCUUUCUUUUUGCAAAGGCUUUCUUCCCUUUCCUUCUCCAGUUUUUUAAUUACACGUUGGCGCUCUCUUUUUGCAAAGACUUUCUUCCCUUUCCUUCUCCAGUUUUUUAAUUACACGUUGGCGCUCUCUUUUUGCAAAGGCUUUCUUCCCUUUCCUUCUCCAGCAAGCAUCCUUUUGCCAAUUCUUUUUUAUAUAUUUAGGUUUUUAAUUACACCUUGGCGCACUCUUUUUCCAAAGGCUUUCUUCCCUCUCCUUCUCCAGCAAGCAUGGAAGAAAGCGAAAGUGCGAGCGAUAAACCGCGGCCAUGGCAAUCUUAUCACACUGUUUACACCAACGCCAAAGCAGGUAUGGAUGGAGUUGAUAAAGAAAAAGUUCAGAGAGUAGUGUAUGAGAUGAGCAAAGGAUCAAAAUAUUUCGAAAAUGAAGAGCGAAAGGAGGCUUUACUUCGGCAAAAAAUAGAGCAUAUGCGAGCUCGAGCUGCGAAGCUUUCCGCUGCUGAUUUAUCUCAUUAUCAAAAGGUUGCGGAUAAGAGAAUUUUAGAGCUCGAUUCUACACGUGACCUUUCUAGGAUUUGGUUACAUGUAGAUAUGGAUGCUUUUUAUGCGGCUGUUGAAACUUUGAGUAAUCCUUCGUUGAAGGGUAAACCGAUGGCUGUUGGUAGUAUGUCUAUGAUUUCCACUGCUAAUUAUGAGGCUCGCAAAUUUGGCGUUCGUGCUGCCAUGCCUGGGUUCAUUGCGCUUGAAUUAUGUCCAGAUUUGAUAUUUGUCCCCACAGAUUUCAAGAAAUAUACUUAUUAUAGUGAUUUAACUAGAAAAGUUUUUUGGGACUAUGAUCCUAAUUUCAUGGCUGCCAGUUUGGAUGAAGCUUACCUUGAUAUUACUAAGGUUUGCGAAGAACGAAGCAUUACUGGUGCAGAAAUUGCUGAAGAACUCAGAUCUAGAGUACAUGAAGAGACUGGUUUGACAUGUAGUGUUGGAGUGGCUCCAAAUCGCUUACUUGCUAAGGUUUGCUCAGAUAUUAACAAGCCAAAUGGGCAGUUUGUUUUACCAAAUGACCGCAUGGCUGUCAUGACAUUUAUAUCCUCACUUCCUAUUCGGAAGAUUGGGGGUAUAGGCAAGGUGACGGAAAAUAUUUUAAAGGGUGUUUUCGGAAUCAGUACUUGUGAAGAGAUGCUGCAGAAAGGCAGUUUCCUCUGUGCGCUAUUUUCUCAUUCUUCAUCAGAUUUCUUCCUAUCUGUUGGAUUGGGCCUUGGAGGGACGGAUACUCCUGAGGCCAGGUUUCGGAAAAGUAUCAGCAGUGAGAGGACAUUUUCUGCAACAGAGGAUGCUGCAUUGCUUUAUCAGAAAUUAGCUGAUAUUGCAGAGAUGCUGUCAGCUGACAUGCAAAAAGAGGGCCUUUCUGGACGAACAUUAACUCUUAAAUUAAAAACUGCAUCUUUUGAGGUUCGUACAAGGGCUGUCACCUUGCAGAAAUAUAUUUCUUCAAGUGAUGACAUCCUAAAACACGCUUCAAACUUAUUAAAGGCGGAGCUCCCUAUUUCGUUGAGACUGAUAGGUCUGCGAGUGUCUCAUUUCAAUGAAGAUAAGGGGGGUGUACCUGGUGACCCUACACAAAAAACUCUCACUACGUUUUUUAAAUCAGGAGAUGCUUCUAGAAGAACUGGGGAUGAUCAACGCUCCUUAGGUUCAGAUUUGAGUGAUCUCCACUUCAUAAGUGAAAAGGAAACUGCCAUUUCUCUUGACAACAAUGAGACAUGUCACCAUGAGUUCGGAGAUCCAUUUGAGAGGAAGCAUUUAUCAGAUAUAGAUGACAAAAAUUGCAUUUCCAGCAUAAAUGCUUGUGAAAUGGAGAAAAUUGAACUUUCUAGCAACAAAACUGCGGCCAUGGUGAAUACCGCCGAUGUGAAAGAGCGGACCACAAAAUCUCCUAAAAGAGACUUAUCACGAGUGUCAGAAGAUGAUUCGUCUGUCCAGAGGGAACCGGAGGACAGCAAUCCGGACAGAUUAAACAAAGAACCUAGUACCUCCGGAAAUGAGGAAUUUUUUUCAUUAAAUCAGAUGGAAAUGUUAUUUUGGGUGGAUGACUACAAGUGUUCAUUGUGUGGGGCUGAAUUACCUUCAAGUUUUGUUGAAGAAAGACAAGAGCACUCUGAUUUCCAUCUUGCCGAGAGGCUUCAGGAGGAGGAAUCUGGUACAGGCUCGAGCUCUUUGAUUCCAAGGCUAAGGAUUGUCCCAAAGGAUUGUAGUGGGAGCCCAAAUAGACGUAAGAAGCAUAAAUCGUCACCAAAACAGGGGAUGCAUCUGCCAAUUGAUUCAUUCUUUACCAAGAAGAGCAGUGGGCAAUUGUAAUAAUGUAUGUCUAAUUUUUUAUUAAUCUUACACCGGUUUUGUAUAUAAUCUUUUCUUCCAUUAAUAGAAUAUUAAUUUAUUGGUAUUAUUCAUCACUGCUAUGAAAAUGUUGGUUUGUAUAAGUGGAGUUUUAUGGGCAACUAGUUCCUUUUUUUCUUUAAA